GUUCCACUUUCUCAUCUUCAUUACCCUUUCACUUGUGUCUAGAUGGUAUCCCAUUCAAUGGAGCAAGAGCCGCGUCCUUCCGAAGAAAGUGAGCUGGCCCUUAACGAUGGGCCAAGCGAUGAUCGUGGGACUGCCACGAAGACAGGCGAGGCUGACAGCCUGAAUUUGGACUCGGGCGGAUCAAUGUCAAAGAUCGACACUCUAAUCGAGAUUUCGAGGAAGAUCUUGCAGACGUUGGAGCGCAGACCAGAAUUGGCAACUAACGAUGUAGAGAACCAAACAUUUCAUGGCAAAGAGAAUGGGCUAAAGACAGCACCCACGCAACCAGCGAUCUGGCAAAACCCAAAGUUCGAAGAGCUUGCCAAGGACAGGGAACUUUUUGAUAUGAAUAAACUUUUGCCGCCUUAUUCUCAACAACGCUUGCACGAUUUCACAUGGCUGGACAAGGAAAUUGAACAAGCCAAAGCGUCAUCAAGGGACGGAUCCAGCCCAAAUUUCACUCAAAUCGUCCAGCUGUGUAAACAAUUGAAAUCGGACGGCGAGGAGUUGCUAUAUGAGGUCGAUGAUGAUGAGAAAGAGUGGUUCGUGGAGCGAAUUGUCUGGUUGCUUACUGAAUCAUUCAAGCUGGACCCAAAUGAACGCAGGAGGAUGGCAUUAGAAAAAAUCGGGGACCCAGAAUAUCCAUUGGAACGACUUGGCACUUAUGACACGACAGAUUCAAUCUUCCUCAAGCUCCAUGCCUAUUUCCGCUUCACCAUCGCCCGGAUUGAACUUUCGCCGAGCUACGAUGGGAAACAGAUACGCCGGGUCAUCGUGUCAUGCAUCCUCGCAAUAUUUAACUGGACUCCUGAUAAUGGAACCCACUCUCAAGAACCUAUCCCGGUGGGAGAAGUACUUCUGCAAUGCUACCAUGACGGCAGUCUCCAGUCACCUGAAAAUUCGGGCGGAGACACUCAACCGUGGAUAAACGAGAGCCAUAUUACGAUUGUUGGAGACGCUUUUGGAGCCUUAAACUGUACCAAUGCCAACGGACAAUUUAACUACUUCUUUGCCAAAGACCAGAAUCCUUUGGAGUUACUUUCUUGCUCUCCACAAUCCUUAUUCUUCUUGAAGUCGAGCCGCAUGGAAACCAAAAUCAAUACGCCAGAGGAGCUUUAUGAUCGAGAUGCUGCAAAAGACUUUCAAACAGUUGAUCUCAAUGUUGGAAAGCUAAUGGAAAUCGCAAAUCUAACUAUACGUUGGGAUUUCUUUCAUGAGAACCAUCUUGUCCUUGAUAAGGAAGCCAAUGUGUUGCGAGUGGCAUGGUUUUCCAUACCCCCAGGUGGAUGGACUGCAUAUCGGUAUCAGCAUGUUGCGAAGACUCCGGAUGACGGAAAAGACGCACUAAGGUUUAAGACGAUGGCCACCGAAAUAUAUCGUACUUGGGCUAUUCUAUUUGCUGGCAAAGAUGUUGGUAAAAAGAGACAGCUCUACUACCGUGCACUGCGUUCUUCUCCUUUCUCUAUUUUCCGAUCUGAGGCUUUAAAAAACCGCCACAAGCGCAGUAUCCUUUGGGGAUGGCGUGGUAGACACUCCUGGACCGACCACGCAUUUAGGGAGACGGCGCUUCACCUUGGUGAGAUCCCGUACCUAGGGAUGAGCUCUUACGAUUGGAACCAAAAACGUUUCGUCCAGAAUCUUGCCAAGAACCCCGUCCUCUCGUAUGCCGACUUCCCCAUCUAUGGCGAACGACUGCGGGUCCUCAGAGCCUACAUUGAUAAUCGGCCACCACUAACCCUGAGACAGCUACGAAAGGACAAGCGUAACACUCUCGGCUACUGGACCCUCUGGGCGGCUGUGAUCGCGGGUUCCUUGACGGUGUUUCUCGCCUUGUCGACGUUGAUGAUCUCCAUUGCGCAGACCGUGGCUGCAUACAAGGUGCUGGAUUUGCCGCCAUCGAGACGUGGCGGAUCAGCAUCUGGGUAGGCCUUCUUAGGAUCUUGACUCGUGGGCUGCGGUUUUCUCGACAUAUGUAGGGUUAAUGAAUGGCUUAGAUAUAGCUUGGAUUUCGAAUUUUGGACGGAGCGUACUGUGCAAGGUCGAAAAUUCCAGAGAUAUUUCCUACUCCGAGAGCCUCCGGCUAUGAACUCUGCAUUUUCAAGUUUUAUUUUAUGAUUAUUUACUCAAUGUAGUUCGCUUUUCCUGAGCUUACUGGAUGCAGCUUGCCCUAUUACUAUUAUUAAUUAGAUGCAGCUCCUUUCUACUGGGAGUGCCCAAAGGUUCCCUAAGCUUUAGAUUACACGUGAACUCUAUAGAAUUAUAAUUGCAUUCAUAGACAAG